AUGCCUAGCGCGUGUCACGUGUUUGGUUUCCCCGAAACCAUACGUUUGGUGUUCUGUAUUCAUGCGCAGCAUAGUUACGCAUUCCCCGCAGUUCUCAGACCAUUCAGAAAGUCGGCUACACAUCAAACUCUCAAGAGCAGCCACAAGAAAAAUAUAGCCAACAGAACAUUUUAGUGUCAUUGGAUUAGACUGAAAAUCUCUUGGGAAACAUGCAAUCUACAGUUUUUACUAUCUUGUUUGUUAAAUUGUGUUUAACUUUACAUGGAAUGACAGGUCAGUAUUCUGCUCUUGGUCUUACCAUAGUCUAGAUCGCAUAGCCUACCAACUGUGCUGUCAAGCGAUUGGCUAUGUUUGUAGGUGAAGGUUUUAAACCUCCUUUUGUAGAUAUUCCUUUAUAAUUUCAGUCUAUUAUACAUUUAUUUAACACUCUCAUACGUACACUCUAUUGUAUUGCCAAUUGUGGGAACCAAUGGAAACACUUGACAUUUAUCAUCGUCAUUACUGUAAAUCAUUUCUUACUUCCUUCUCUGUAACAUACAGGAGCAAAUUUGCUCAAGAGUGUUUAUCUCUAUGAAGCGGGCUUCAUUUCUCUAGUACCUCUUAAAAUAGUCUAAGGCAGGUACAAUACUAUUUCCCCCCACCUGCUGCAUGAUGUACAGCAGUGGUUCCCAACCUUUUUCGGUUACUGUACCACCAACUGAAUUUUGCUCUGCCCUGAGUACCCCUGAAGUACCACUUCAUGUACAUUUUACCAGUAGGUCUCAUGAGUCUGUGGAUGGGCCGAGUACCCCCAGGGGUCCUAGUACCCCUGGUUGGGAACCACUGAAGUACAGUAUAUUGUCAGUAUGUUCAAAUGUGUAUCUCGGGGCUUUACAGCAGUGUUAGCUGAACUUCCAAGUCCCAGUAACAUCAGGAUUAACUCGGUCAACAUGGGACUAGUGUUGGAGUGGGAUGCCCCUCAGAACCACACAGAAAACAUAACCUACAGAGCAGAGUACAGGUGAGUGGAGACCGUGGUAAUAUGAAAAACAACACAAUGGAGCAAAGUGAGGGUGACACAUUGAAAUAUGAGGAACUUCCUCCUGUGGGUGCUGGGAAAGAGGAGAACUGACACACCUACAAGUAGACUUUACCAGUAGACUCUCUCUGUUUCAUACACACGCACUCACACUCUGGCGUACUCUUUGUACCUACACACAUUCAUACUUGUCUCAUACAUUAUACUUGCUCACACUGACACACACACACCCACAACAACACGCACUCAGUAUAUUUCUAAGAAAUGGGUGCAACUAUUUCACUCCUAUUUCACUUUGGAUCGUUCCACCUUAAAAAGCACAAGAAAGAGGAUUUUGACACCCACCAUCUCAGAUUGUUCUGAAAUUGUUUUUGUUAGAUACAAAUAAGAUUAGCAUUACUGCAAAAUACGUUCGUUGAAAUAUAAUUUGAUCUCUGAGAAAUUAAGCUAAUUGGCCAUUUUAAUUCAUAGGAUUCAUAUUCAAUAAAUAUAGGACCAAACAUCUGAUUUUGACCUUUUUUUUUUAAACAAUAGGCAUAACAUUGCUGGACUGGCUGUGUUUGGAGAACCAUAGGGUGUACACCCAGACUUGAACACAGUACCUGGUCCAUGGCUCAAGCACCAAGACCACUUUACGCAGCGGGUUGCCAUUCAUCCUUUUGGCCUGAGGGAGGCGAUAGAGAAGUAGUGGGGAUCGACAGCGCCAUAGACUAUCCCACCCACAGUCAUAACAGUUACCACUGGCAGAUGUAAAAGUAGUUGAUGUGCUCUGACUCUAAACCCAGAGGGUUCCCCCUAAAUGCAACAUAGUGAAACUUUGGGGGGUAAUGCUCUAAGUAAUGCUAAUUUCACCAUAAUUUUUUCUAACAAUGAUCAAUACAUGAGGAAUACAAAUAAAUGAUCAAAAGCCACCCACGGACCCCCAACCAAACCCACCACAACAAGGAGUAUACAGUUGCGGCUCUGAGUAUUGUUUCUUCAUCCAAUGCAAUGUUUUCUCAGUGAAUGUAUUAUUAUUAAUUUUUUUCGUUAAGAGAAAUUAGUAACUGAAGUUGUUAGGUUUAUGUCCUAUCCUACAUCCUGAUAUUACCAGGUUCUGACCACUAGAUGGUGCUGUUCCUGCUACUAGGUGAUUGAAAAAAUAUAUAUACCGCCCCCAUCAAUGUUAAUGGCAUAGAUCACCCAAAUUACAAAAUGGCAUAUUGGUUUCCUUAUCCUGUAAGCAGUUUAUGGACAAGGUAUGACAGCAACCCAUGCUUUGGUUUUGUUUACCUGGCCACUGUUUCAAAUGCUAACUUAUUGUCCCGCUAAAUUGUGAAUUUUUCUCCCAGUGUCUGUUGGAAAGCAGACUGAACCAGGUUUUCCUCUAGGAUUUUGCCUGUGCCUGUAUUCUGUUUAUUUUUAUCCCAAAAAACUCCCUAGUCCUUGCCGAUGACAAGCAUACCCAUAACAUGAUGCAGCCACCACCAUGCUUGAAAAUAUGAAGAGUGGUACUCAGUGAUAUGUUGGAUUUGCCCCAAACAUAACGCUUUAUAUUGAGGACAUCAAGUUAAAUUAUUUGCCGCAUUUUCUUGCAGUUUUACUUUAGUGCCUUUUUGCAAACAGGAUACAUGUUUUGGAAUAUUUUUAUUCUGUACAGGCUUUCUUCUUUUCACUCUGUCAUUUAGGUUAGUAUUUUGGAGUAAUUACAAUAUUGUUGACCCAUCCUCAGUUUUCUUGGUGAAAUCCCUGAGCGGUUUCAUUCCUCUCCGGCAACUUAGUUAGGAAGGACACCUUUAUCUUUGUAGUGACUGGGUGUAUUGAUACACCAUCCACCUAAUCCUGCCUAAUGAGCGUCCGGCCGUGCUGGUAAUAAUAUUCUACUGCAAUAACUACGAUGCCAUGUUUUGAUACAGGAGCUUGGUCAGCAGCUAUUUGGUUGUAUGUUGGAACACAACAGCCCAAAGCUGUGACUUCACCAGUCAUCUAAACCAAUAUGGAGUGUACAAUUUUCAAGUGAGGGCAGAACGAAAGGGGGACACAUCUCACUGGAUGGUGACUAAGCAGUUUGUCAUGGAUAAACACAGUGAGUUUAUACCCAUCUCCGUAACAGCUUUGACAGAUGUUAAGGGUAUGAAAAUGUAUUAACAAGCACUCUUCAGCCAGAGGUUGGGUAAAACACAGUGUGUGACUGUGAAUAAAGACUGGAGCCUGACAGAAUUGCCUCUUUAAUAGACUAGUCUAUGGUUAUCAGCUAGCAAGUGUAAUUUAUUUAACCCUCCUCACCUGAGAGGUGUUCACUUCCUGUAGGUUACUUCCUUUCAUAUGUCUCUCUACAGCCACGCUAGGCCCUCCCGGUGUGACGCUUGUCUCCAGAGGUGCUGACAUUGAAGUGAGCAUCAAAGACCCAGUGCUCAGGAUCUCUGAGUUCAAAGACAUCUACAGCCACGCAACCUUUAACAUCACCUACUGGAAAGAGGGCCAGGAGGAGAAGGUAUGGUGACCAUUUUACUUACCAUUUCUUUCAUCAAGGGAUCUGAUAAUGUUAAAACAAAGAAAAACAGACUUUGUUUUAUUACCUUUUAAUUUGGCAUGAACACAACCAGUCCUGAUGUUUUCAUCUUAUUGUUAAACAAAUCACUUCAAAAAGUAGACUACUUGCGCAUGUUCGUCCACUCCAAAAUAGUUCCAGCAUCCAAACAGUGCACUGUGCACUUGCGCCAUUUGAUGAAUGGAAAGAGACAUCUUUUACAAAACACCAAAACGUUUUAUGACAUUCGGCGAUUAUCAUUGGGUCUACACUAGCCUGAAUUAAUUGAUGCGUCUUGCUGACAUAAGGACAUUUUUUUUGUAGAAAGAAAGUUUGGACACCUGAAAAGGGGCUGAGAUACGGGACUGUCCCGGGAAGACAAGUGCAGCCACAUGGAUUAUUUUUUUAAAAACCAUUACACAGGUGGGGGUGUUAAUUUAAUUUGGAAUAAGCUUUUAUUUUAAUAUUUACCACUGUAGCACUACAAAUUGCAUUUUAAACAAAUAAAAUAAUGGUGAAAUUAGCAUUACUUAGAGCAUUACCCCCCAAAGUUUCACUAUGUUGCAUUUAGGGCAGCCCUCUGGGUUUAGAGUCAGAGCACAUCAACUACUUUUACAUCUGCCAGUGGUAACUGUUAUGACUGUGGGUGGGAUAGUCUAUGGCGCUGUCGAUCCUCACUACUUCUCUAUCGCCUCCCUCAGGCCAAAAGGACGAAUGACACCCAGCUGCGUAAAGUGGUCUUGGCACUGGAGCCAUGGACCAGGUACUGUGUUCAAGUCUGGGCGUACACCCUGAGGUUCUCCAAACACAGCCAGCCCAGCAAUGUUACGUGUGAGAGCACCGGUAAGGGUGAGCCCCAUUUCUCUCGCUCUCUUUCUGCCUCUCUCGCUCUCUCUUCCUCCCUUUCAUCGGUUAAACACAAAUUAUGAGGAUUUGAUUAGAUUGCUGCCUUCAGUGCUUCUCCAAGUACAAGUCCCCCCCGCUCAACUAAAUUAUUCCUCCCUGGUGUCCUUUUUCCAACCCCAACCACUCCACAGGCAAUGACAGGCCCUGGGUGGUAGCCCUGGUGAUGGCUGUGGCAGUGGCCCUGCUGGCCUUGGCCUUCUGGUACUGCUACUGGGUGGUCCACUUCCUCAGACCCAAGGACAAGUUGCCUGAACAUUUCACAGAGGUCAGUAGUAUGACGCAUGAUCAGUGUGUUUUAAUGAAUAAUAGACUGUGUUUCUUUGUGUGUAGCAGUGGAGGCUGCUAAGGGGAGGACAGCCCAUAAUAAUGUUGUUCUCUGUAACACAAUUAAGUUGAAUUCUAUUCUAUGCAGUUGCUGUUGGAUCCCCUGUGCUCCUCCAUCCUGGCCAUGCAGAGCAGCCCCCAGCCUGAGAAGGUGUACCACAAGGUCAGCAUCAUGCCAGGUGGGGCAGAGACCUAG